AUGGUAAAGGCAUUAUUUAUUCGUCGAUACCAAAUUUUAGCCGUAGUUUCUUCGUUCAUUAGUGUCUUAUUAGUGAUCUGUUUCGUUUCGCCAUCAUGGAGAACUAUUGAAACGGGUGAUGCAAGAAUGAUCUCUCAUUUCUACUCACCAUUUCGAUACGAUACGUCACGAUACAAUUGUAAUCACGCCAAUAAAACAUUUAAACUUUAUAUUGGUCCACUAUGGAGAUGCUUAUCGACGAAAAUGAAUGGAAAACAAUCAGUCAGUACUCAUGAAUGCAGUAUCAAUGACGAAUCAUUCGAUUAUGUUCUUAUUUGGAUUGGCAUAGGUUCAUUCGUUUUAUUUAUUAUCAUUUCCAUUUGCAUUCAAAGCGGAUGUUUCACAAAUUCCAUGGCAAUUGUUCGGCUAUGUACAUCAUUUAUCCUUGAAUUAGCAGCAUUAUGGUUACUCUAUGGACUUUUUCAUGUACAAAAAGCGAUUGGUCCUCUGCAUGGUUGGGCAUCGAUCGGAUUUUUUCUUGGAAUUAUUUGUAUUAUCAUCAUAUGCGUAUUGGAAUGGGAUGAUUAUUUUCGAGAUUUUUAUAGAAAACACUGUGCAAUGGGAGAAAUCAACACUAACGAUCGGGUAAAUGUUUGGGUCAGUGGGACGAUUCGUACAGAAUUAGAUGAAAGUUGA